CCGGGCCACUGGCUGCCGUGGCAGGGCACCGCCCCGCCGCACGCGGGCCCCGGCCUGCACCCCCCGCAGUUUCCCUGGUGGCCGUUGCCGGGCGGGCCACCCGGCGCCUGCGCGCCGUCGCCGUGGCCGCACCUGGCGCCGCAGCCUGCGCCACCGCAGCUGGGGGGUGUUCAUCCCUCAGGGCAGCUCCUUCGAGGGCGUGUUUCGCGGCUCGACCCAGGAGGAGGCGGCUGGAUUGCGUGCCAUUGCGCGACCAGUCCUGUGUUUUUCUUCGACGAGCAUGGGGCUGGGCGACCUACGGUGGGAGACCACGUGACCUUCAUUCCGGACUUCUCCCAGGGUUAUCUCAUUGCCGCGCGAGUGAGGUGCGUUGAAGAGGUCGCUGCCCCAUCACGUCACGAGGUGGAGUCAGCGCCCGCCGCUGCCGUGUCGCGUCGUGAGGUGGAUUCAGCGCGGCGGUGCCUACAGCGGCAUGCGUGCAAAACUUACGAGGAGGAGUACACGCACUCCUCCAUGAGGGGGUGCAGGGAUAGCUUCGCGUCGAUUGGCAAGUACCGUUUCGGCGACGAGGAGCUGGCCAAGGAGGAGCUGGCCAAGGCGAUGGCAACCCUCUACGCGGACCACGACCGUCGGUGGCUGUACAUCACUGAGCACCCGACACCACGGUACGCGUUCGUGGAGGACAUCGACAUCGAGGGCACAUCAGAUUCGGGAUGCCCGGACCUCAUGCGUCCGCGCGAGGGCGUACUCGAUCUCCUGAAGUGGCGCGCCCAAGCGUUGCGCCGGCUGUUCCCUGGCGCGCAGUUCCGCUGCGUGCUCUACACAGCGUCAGGCUGGUAUUCUGGGUCCGAACUCUACAAGGAGUCUUACCAUCUCGUCUGGCCUGACAUCAUCGUUGACAAGGACAUGGCCGUGUGGGCGAGGCAGGCGACCGUGGAGUUUUUCGAGGAGCAGGGCCGGGAUGCAGACAGCGUAGUACGCAUGUUGCUGGACAAGGCCCAGCGCAUUAACCCACAUAACACGUGGGACAGCAUCUUUGACGCCACCACCACUCGCAAGGGGGUCGGGCUGCGCAUGCCCUUGUGCGACAAGCGAUCUGUGAGGCACGAGCGCGGGGGCAAACAGAUCUGGCAGGAUGAGCUCAGGCCUGUGAUGCCCAUCGGCGUCGUCGAGUUCACGUUCAAGCCGAGCGCGGCGGACCAAGCCGUGGAGAUCUGCGCCAGCGCGGGCCUUGCCGAGCGGGAGGCGGACCGCCCGAUGUGGCAGUGGGUGCGGAUGGGCAUGUGCCGCCGGCCUGAGGGCACACCUCUCACGUACAUGAAGCGCGUGCCGCUGCACCGCCCGCCGCCCGCCCCGAGGGCGGUCCUCGUGAAGAGGCAGCCUGGGCGGCGCAUGCCUGGUAGCGGUACGACGGCGCAGCGCCUGAAGGCCAGCGUCAAGAACAGGCGCCCCAGCGACGCCCCCAGCGGCGCAGGAGCCUCGAGUGACCCACUCGGUGGCCCCGAGGCAGCCGCGGCCAAGGGGGCGCGGCCUUGGAACACGUGGGUGCGCCGAGACCAACAGGUCCCUGCGG